AUGCCUGUCCUGGCACUGGCGCGGCAGGUGCCGCACUUGGCGCCUCAGCUGCUGCAAAGUAUGCGACGAGCGGAGGUGGCUCCGGACGAGUGGUCCUUCUGCCAUGCCAUGGAGGCCAGCAAUGCGAAGGGCAGCUGGCAGGAAGCCCUGAGCUACCUGCAGGAGAUGCAGGAGAGCUCGGGGCUGAGCUCCGUGGCGCUGAGCGCGGCCAUGGUGGCCUGCCAGCUGGGCGGCACAUCGCCGGAGCUGCCCUGGGCUUUGCUGCAGCAGUCGCGGCAGCAGCGGGUGGAAUUGGAUCAGCGGGCCUGCACCUCAGCCAUCACCGCCUUGGGCGCCGCCAGCUGGUGGCACCGAUCUCUGGAGCUGCUGAAUUCCAUGGAUGGGCCCAGCGUCAUCAGCUGCAAUGCGGCCAUCAACGCCUGCCAGGCAGCCUCCCAGUGGCAACAAGCGAUGGCGGUCUUCUCGCAGAUGGAGCGCGAUGCGCCGGACACCACCAGCUACAAUCUGCUUCUGAGUGCGUUGGCGCGGAGCAGCCUAAGGCCCGAGGCCCAGAAGCUGGUGAAGCAGAUGCAGCGACACCAGAUCACGCCGGACGAAGUGACCUUCAACUGCCUCUCGUCCCUGCUCACGCAGCAAGAGGACCGGGAGGAGUUCCUGGUGGGGCUGAAGGCUGCGGGCGUGAGGCCGGACGUGCGGACUUACAACCCCAUGAUCAGCGCCGCGGAAAGCUGGCAGGAGGCAGUGACCAUCCUGGCUUCCAUGCAAGCGGAUAAGGUGGAGCCUGACAUUAAAAGCUACCUGGGCUUCGGAAACUGCGAAGGUUGA